AUGCUAACUCGAGCCAGAGUUUUGCCUAGAAAUGGCCUAAAACAGUUGUCGUUCGUGGGUAAUACCAAUAAUGGUACUCAUAGAUCAUUAAUUAUACCUACACCUACUAUUAAAAAGACGAAACGAAAUAGACAACGUAUUAGAAAUGUUAAGAUUGAAGAUUUUGAUUUGGAUGCGAUUAGAAACAUGGAAGAUCCCAAGGAGUUAGAGUAUAAGUUGAAACAAUUACGUGAAUAUACCAGGCGUCUGUAUGAAGAUUUGAAGACAUCCAAAAAAGAUGUCAAAGAGGAGUUCGAUUAUAAUAGUCAAGUUGAUGUCUCUAAGGAUGCGGCCGAUAUUUUCCAUAGACUGUCGCAAGGAAGCGAUGCAACUCAAAUUAAUGCUCAUCCUGGAUCAGAAGAGGAUCUUUCCUCGCUGAUUCGAAGAACUACAUUACUGGAGGCAAAUCAAUUAUUACCGCCGUCUAUCUCUGAAAGAAUAGAGGACCAAGAUCUUAUCAUCAGGUCAUUGCACAAUAAAAGUUCCCAGCAAUGGAAUCCAAUAAUAGAGAGGCUAUAUCAAUCUGGUUUAAUAUUUGAAGGUAUCAGUCAAAAGGAUAUGGAUAUGAAAUUUCUUCGACAGAUUAAAGGAUUGACCUUAGAAAAUAUUGAAAGGUUAGAUGAAAUGUUACUAUCAAACUACCAACAAGAUAUUUCGAAACUAUCCAUGACGAGCUAUGCCUGUCUAUUUGAGAAUUUAGGAAAUUUGAAACCAGUCAGUAUUCAAAGACCCUCCACCGACCCAGUCAUAAGCAAAUUCAAAGCUUUAUUAAAGAGGAUUGACGAAUCAAACCUUACUCGAGAGAAACCAUUGAAGUUAAACCAUCAUAUAUUAAACAGUUGCCUUAAUUAUACUAAAAAAUUGAAAAGUAUAAAUGAAAUAAAUUAUUUCCUUACAAAGUUUCAAAAUGACUAUGGGAUAUAUCCUAACAAGGUGAACUAUACCUCAAUAAUUCAAUUUUAUACUCAGAUGAAUAUACCGAAAAAAGCUUGGGAAAUCUUCGCAACAAUGAAAUUUUUAUCCAAGGAGCAUUCUCCUGAUAUUAUCACGUACAAUAAAAUGCUUGAAGUAUGCUUGUUAGAAAAAGAUUAUUCAAGAGCCUUGGAUCUUUUCCAUGAGUUAACUCAAGCUAAAAUAACACCAACAGUCACGACAUUAACAAAAUUAAUUCAAAUUAUGGCGGUGUGUAGCGGGAAUUCCAUGACAAGCGAUGGCAAAAGUGAGUCAUUAAGAUUACUGGGUUGGAAAUAUGUCCCAAGAAUUAUUGAAUCUAAGCGGGGGGAGUAUAUGAGCAAGAUUUUUGAAGUUUUAGGAGCAAUGCUUUCUUUGGCGGCAUAUGAUGGGGACGUAACAUUGGCUCGUGCUUUAUAUUUCAAGUAUACUACAAAGAAACAUCAAGAACUUCGUUUGAAAGGUGGCGAAGGUAUGUCCAUACAAACUCUUUGGAAAUGGGCAUUAGACCCAAGCAUCCUAAAUCAUUUACUGGUAGUGUAUUCCAAGUUUGAUGCUGUAAAAUUACCUUUGCUUUUCAAUAAUACUGAUGGAGUUAAACUGAGGCGAAACAUACUAAACAGCGUUGAUUAUAAUGGAAGAUCAACUGAUGAGAUCAAUAUCCCACUCUUACCUGUAAUUACAUUAACAACUCCUGAGCAAGUCUUAGCAGAAUCAAAAGCCAUAUGGAGCUUUUGUCUAGAAUAUGGUGGUACUACUAACGGUCUCAAUGACAACAUAAUAAGAGAAGAACUUAUUACGAAUGGGGAAUGGGAAAGAUUAUGUAAAGGUCCUGACUCUAAGGAACUAAAAUCAACUCUAUUCUCAUUAAUAUCCCAUUGGAAGACAAAUUUGAUAAAUACGAAUGUUUUGAAUCAGAAAUGUCUCAUCUCUUAUCUUACUGUACCAUUACGAUUGGGUAAUAAGGAUGAAUUUCUUGCCAGGUUCAAAUUAUUCACUUUCCAACAGAAAGAAUUCGAUGAUGCCAUUUCGGCAGUGAUCGACAAUCAAGAUAACCUAAUAACUGAUGACCCUAUUCCGGAUUCAUCGGAGACUAACGUGGUUACUAGUAGGAAACCGGCAGAUGUAGAUAAGCACUUGGAUUUUCUUUGUUCUUUAAGGUAUAAAAUUUUAGCUACUGAUCCAAUGUAUGAAUUAGAGAUGAAAUUGGCAACAAAACUCCAAGAUCUUGAAUUAGGAAUACAAGUAUGGAAAGAUAGAGGUAUAUAUAGAAGGACAACACAUUUCAAUACUUUGAAUAAAGAUGAAAGAGUUAGAAAUGACACUGAAUUUGCCAAAUUAAUGAUUGAUUUCUACGUUAGCCAAAAGAUGUAUAUUGAUGCGAUAGGUAUCAUAAUGGCAUCCAAACGUCAUAUAGAUUGGAAUUAUCAUAUGAUUAAACAAUUGCAUCAAGGUUUACUUCAAAUUGAAGAUAAAACGAAUAUUAAGAAAUUAUUAGAAAUCGUCAAUAAAGGCUCUAGAAUAAAAUUGUUGGAAGAAGAAAUCGAUGAGUUAACCAUAUGA